AUGAGUACUCACAGUAGCCCUUCUAGUAGCACUCCCAGCUCUGACGACGAUGACGAAUACGAUCUCAUCAAUACUCCGUCGUCUUGCUUUGAAACCCUUUCUACGUUUGAUAAUGAAUCUGUCUUAUCUUCAGAAGAAGAAGAGGAAGAGGAAGGAGAAGGAGAAGAAGAAGAAGAAGAAGAAGAAGAAGAAGAAGAAGAAAUUGACAAUAAUAAUGAUGGUAAAGAAGAAGAAGAAGAAGCAAAAGAUGAUGAUGAUGAAGACAAAAAAUAUGAUGAUGAUAAUCAACUUAAAGUAGACUACAGUCAAGUCCAAAAUAGUAACCAAGAUAUCACUCAAAUUACAACCCCUUCGACCUCUUCUCAAAUCACCCCUGAAGCCUCUUUGGAUUCUUCUUUAGACUCCAUUUCUUUAGUCACUCCUCUGGCUUCUUUUAUGGAAACUAAACGAAAUAGUCAAUCAUCUUCACCGCCACCUUCUACUUCUACUUCUACUUCUUCUUUUUCUUCUUUUUCUUCUUCUUUUACUCCCUCUAUUUCUUUUUCAACUUCUCCUUCUCCUUUUUCACCUACUUCACCUACUUCACCUACUUCACCUACUUCACCUACUUCACCUAAUUCUCUUAAUUCUCUCCCUCCCAUUAACUGGCCAACUUGGCUCUUACAAAAUGCCCCAGAUUCAUCCGUAUCGACAUACCCUGCAAUCAGUAAUGCCUAUUCUGCAGCAAUCUCUACUCUACCAUCCCUCCUUCCACCUAAAUCUUCCUUUAAUCUCAUUUGUUUGGUCCACGAAGACACCCUUUUAUCUCCUUCGUCCCUUUCUCCCUCUCUCAUCUUCUCCCAAAUCCAAAACCAGCUGGCCCGUCUCGCCGGCCCUUCCCAUCAGGUUGUCCUCCACACUGUCACUUUUAACAAAACUAUCUCGUGGUCACCAUCCCAUCCCCCACCAUCCUCAUCCUUAUCCUCAUCCUUAUCCUCAUCCUUAUCCUCAUCCUUAUCCUCACUCUCGUCCUUGUCCUCGUUAUCUCCUAGCCUAGCCAUUUACCUUUUUGAUCCACAAACCCCACAACAAUCCCUCAAAGAACAAAUGGACACUAUCCGCUCCAUUACAAAAUCAACCCCAACAAUGGCCCUUGCCUUGUCAAGAAACUACCCCUUUGGUUCUACCAUCAAUUCUACUCUUAUAUGCACCCCAGGAAUGCCUCUUGUAAAAGUCUUUGUCCCCCAGUUUAGCAACCCCACGGGCAUCUCUGUAUGGAUGCCCCCAAGUGUAUCGGACAUUAUUAAUAGCACACCCCCAGAGCAAAAUAUCUCGUGGUUACUUGCAAUGGCUUUUGCAAUUGCCUGUUCCCACAAGCCUAAUACAGAGCUUUCCUUAAUCCGCAACAUUAAGACCUUCCCAAAAGACAAACUUUCUUUUAGAGACAUGGCAGCCAUCCAAAACGUUAAUUUGGAAAACCUUGCUUGGCUCCCAUUUUCCAUUAAACGUGUCAAGUUUUACUUGAUGGACUUUUUUGAUGGAGGAAUUAUCAAAACUUUGGCUGCUAUUUUAUCUUUAGUGGUAUUCAUUCAUAUGUCGACCCGAUGGCAUUCAUGUCAAGGCCUCAUUACGAUGAACACCCAAGCAGAUAGCCCAUUACUGGGACACCAUUAUUUUACUUGGACUCAUAGUCCUGGAUACAAGUACUAUACUCGUAUUCGUUCUUAUAACCCAGCUACUGAUACUGUUAGCUUGCCUUUGGAUUCCCCAUUUUUAGGUAUGAGUUCCAUUUUCCAAAGUUACUAUCACAUGAAUGUCCCUGAUAACCGCCAAACUGCACUUGUUUCGGUUGACAUUUUGGCCCGGCCUAAUCCCAAUCCAAGCUUUUGGGAAUCUCUUCAAAUUUUGAUUCGGAAUGGUCACUGGAAUCUUUCUUCACAGCCUGUACUGCUGAUGCAAGUCCAUGCAGCAUUUGGGGCUCGUUCUGAAAAGUGCAUCGAGGACUAUGGUGAUGAAAAUACAUCUACAGUUGAUUCAUUAGCAGUGACAUUGUUUCAAGUGAAGCCAGAUGACUAUACAGUUCGGUGUUUUUACAGGUAUGAUGCGGUUAAAUCAGCUAGGGGGGACUUUAAGGCUUCUGCUCAACGCAAGGUAUUGCAUGCUAAGGGGACAGCUCAGCGCCAGGCUGUUGGUGUUGUAGAAGAGGUGCUGGGCACUGUUUCUUCGAUGCUAGCGAUUUUAGGACAAGUAUUUGGGGGGAUAGUAUUGGGUGUUUCGUAUGCCAUUGAUUGGAUAGUUGAGGCCAUUUUUGAAGUUUCUUUGAAGGCGAUUGAAGUAUGGAGAAGUUUGAAUUAUUGA